GGGGCAGCAACUUCAAGCUCAUCCCAGGAACAGUACAUGGUCAACCUAACCCUGGCUUCCAGAUCAUCAGCGACCGCAAUGGCCAAAAACAAAUUACUUUCUUGCCUGAAUCAUUCUAAAUGACUAAAUACUGUUCCAUUUCAUCAUGGGUGAAGUCCGUGUUGUACCCAGUGGAAAAGUCUACAGGCAAAUCUUUGAUGCUGAGGUUCAACUUGUUCGUACACUGGGGGAAGCAAGAAGAAAGUCCCAGCAACAUGGAGUUCCCCUUGACAGUGGGGGAAUUCCCAUUAUUCGACAUUUGGACACACCAACAGGACACAUUCUCUCAGCUCGUCAGCGUACAUGGAUGGAAGGAUUAUUAAAUGAUGGCAUCACUGAAAAUCCAGUGUUACACAGAAAUGCAGUCCUUUCAGCCAUUAAGCCUAAAGAAGUUGUCGAAAAGAACAAUGCAGUGAGAGAGGUGAAAGGUCUUCCCGAUGUGGUUGUUCCUGCAAAGAUAGGUUCCAACAUUAUUCACUAUCUGCUUGCUAAUAAGCAGCAAAACCAUGAGACAGCAGUAAUGAAGUUAGAAGAAGAACUGACUGCUAUCAGCAGGGAGUUGGAAAAGCGAUUUACUGGAGCUGCAGUGCACCUAAUGCAAGAAAUGGAGAAGUCUUACCAAAGCAUUCAGGAACUGUGGUCAAACUCAGAAAAUAUCACAGAUAUUUCUGCAUCAUUUGAGAAUCUCCAGGAAUUAUGGGAAGCUGCUUUGAAACAAUCACUGCAUAGGAGAAAAUUAAUCAAAGAACUUGAUCAAGCUUACAAAGAUUUUGAAAAGGAAAGAGUGAAGAAGAUAACUACUGUGUUCAAGGACUGCUUGGAGGCUUUAGAAAAAAUCGCUUACAUAUCGUCAGGUGAUAUUCAUCGAUUUAUAGAUAAAGAAGCCAUGAAAGUCACUGAAGAUAAAAACAUGAUGUCGCGUACGCUGAGUUUUGUACCAAUCAAUUCUUCACCAAAAGCACGACAAUGA